UCACUUACAUCGAUCGAGUUUAUCAUGGAAUGUUCGAAUUGAAACAAACCGACAAGUCUUCAAUUCAGUCAUUUGAAAUUUGUGCUGUUGAUCGGUUCCAAGCAGGCUCACGUAUCAAAAGAAACGGAUUUUCGGUGCAUUGUAUUUGGCAUAAAUCAAAGAAAACAUCAAAUUCCAAUUGUAAAGGAAAAAAGUGUUAGUUGACGUGAAAUAUUAAAAUGGCAACGGAAGAAACGAGGCUUUUAAAAAAACCAUUCGAUUAUUUAUCGAAUGCUUCGUUAACAGUCGAUCCAAAAUCCAGGGAAUGUAUUGUUGUUGUACCUACCGUUUACACCACCAACAAUAGCCGUGACAAUAUCGAUGAAUUUGUUGGACUCACAAUUGAAGAAUUAUAUUUAUAUAUGGACGAUCCCUGGUGGCGAUUUUUGCGGCGCGGAAUUUUCAUAUCUUUCUGGAUUUUAAUGUUUGCAAUUUUUGCAUCAGCUUGCAUCAUCUCUAUUGUUGAAUACAAACAACAGUGUACCAUAAAUUCCAUGAAGUCAUCAAUGAAUCUUAUAAAUGCUGAUACAAAUGCUAUGUCAGCCAAUUCCACAGCCGAUGUCAUUCAUAUUUUAAGCACAAUGUAAUAAUUAUUGGACGAACGCUCAAGCAGUGCCAAUUCGACUUAAAUGGUGGUUCAACCAAUCAAAUUUCUAGCAUCGUAGAGAUGUAGAAAUAAAAGAUCUCAAUCAACAUAUAUUAGAAAUAAAUUAAGAACAUCCCAUUUUUACCGUCAA